GCGUUUUCGGCUUUCGUUUGUGUACGGCAUGUGUGCGGUGCGUGGUACGGUGUGAGCGAGUUUCUAAGGACGAGCGAUCACGUGUAUAUGGUUUGCUUUGCACCUGCCUACACUGCCGACCUUGAACUGCUAAAGAUUGCAUCUCCGCCGCAUUCGUGUUCUCUGCAUUGGGAACCAUGCUGCGGACAUUAUUAGCAAUCAUGCCUGUCCGUGUUGGUGUCCGUGAAGCCAGCAACACAGCAUUUGUGAGCCGUGUGAAGCGGGCAACUUAUGUGCGGCACUACCCAACAGUGCUUGUGCAGCCAGAUGGUUCAACUAUCAAUGUGCGCUACCAUGAGCCCCGCAGCCUUAUCAAGUUGCCGCUGAAGUUUGAAGAGUUGACACCAGAGGAGCAGCAGCUUGUACUUGUCAAGCGGAAACCUCCAGAGGUUGUUGUCAUCCAAGAAGAGUUGGAGGACAACUUUGACAGCCAGCGGUACCUCAAGUUUAUCAAAAAGAAGAAGUAGCUCUUCAGUCUCUGCUAGGUUUAGGUGAUGUUUUAAAACAAGCUGUUUGCAGCAAGAUGUCAUGUAUGAUGCUGAAGACUGUGGCCUGGUGCCAGAGACUCUGUAUCAGUGACUGUGAAUGGCAUUAAACAUGCUGAUGUUUAUCAUUUUGA